AUGCCUUAUCGUCAGAGAAGCCGGCAGGGCGAGCGUGAGGAAGACUCUCAGGACCAGAGAGAGGCACGGCAGGGCCUUGUGGGUAGGUCCCCAGUCCUGGUGGCUGAGGAGGAGAAGGCCACUGCCACUGCCUCUUCCUCCAGCUCUGCUGUGAUCCCAGGCACUCCAAGGGUGGUGCCUGCUCCUGGGUUACCAGGUAGUCCCCAGAGAGCCUCCUCUGCCCCCAGUGCCUUGGUUUCUGCUGCAGAGAACCAAGUCAAUCAGGGCUCCAGAAACCAAGAACAAGAGCAUUUGUUCCUUGGAGGUAACCAGGGCAUUAUCCCGCGAAACCCUGAAUCCUUGCUAGGAGACGUUCUAGCCUUGGUGCCUUUCCUGCUCCUCAAGUAUUGCAGGAAGGAGCUGGUCACCAAGGCACAAAUGCUGGAAGUCAUCACAAAUCACCAUGAGUACUACUCUGUGAUCUUCUGUAAGGUCUCUGAGAGACUACAGCUGAUAUUUGGCCUUGAGCUGAAGGAAGUGAAUCCCACCAACCACUCCUACAUCCUUGUCACUUCCCUGGGGCUCACAUAUGAUGGGAUAAUGUGUGAUAUCCAGGGUGUGCCAAAGACGGGCCUUCUAAUCAUGAUCUUGUGUAUCAUCUUUAAGGAGGGCAACCGUGUUUCUGAAGCCAUGAUCUGGGAAACACUGAGUAAUAUGGGGGUGUAUCCUGGGUCACGGCACUACCUUUAUGGGAAUCCCAGGAAGUUAAUCACUGAAAUUUUUGUGCAGGAAAGAUACUUGCGGUACCAACAGGUGCCCAACAGUGAACCUGUUUGCUAUGAGUUCCUGUGGGGUCCAAGGGCCUACUUAGAAACCAGCAAGAUGAAAGUCCUGAGUUGGUGGGCUUUAUUCAGUGAGUGUGAACCCACAUGCUUCCCAUCCCUGUAUGAAGAAGCAUUGAGAGAGGAGAGAGAGAAGGAACGGGACCCCUACGCAUGA